AUGGCUGAAGAACUCCCCAGCACCGAUAUCGUUACACUCACUCGCCAUGUACUCCAUGAUCAACUCAGAUUAGGCGCUGCAGCCACCGGCGAUCUCACUCUCCUCCUCACCGCCAUCCAAGUUACCUCCAAAUUCAUAGCGACAAACGUCCGUAAAGCCCGCCUCAUCAAUCUGGUUGGGUUGGCUGGCGAGACCAACGUCCAAGGCGAAGAGCAAAAGAAACUCGAUGUCCUCUCGAACGAUAUCAUGGUGAAUGCGCUGCGCGCCUCUGGAAAGACUGCAGUCCUUGUUUCGGAGGAGAUUGACGAGGCCAUCAUUAUCGAGGACAAGUACAAGGGGACCUAUUGUGUCGUCUUUGACCCUCUGGACGGCAGCAGCAAUAUCGACGCUGGUGUGAACAUUGGGACGAUUUUUGGCAUCUACAAAGUGCGGCCCGGGUCCAAGGGUACGGUUGAAGAUGUCUUGAGACCCGGCAGUGAGAUGGUAGCUGCUGGGUAUACUAUGUAUGGAUCGUCUGCCAAUCUCGUGCUCUCCACUGGCUCAGGCGUUAACGGCUACACUCUCGAUGCCGCUCUUGGUGAAUUCAUUCUAACCCAUCCUAAUAUCAAGAUUCCUCCUCGCGGCAAAAUCUAUUCAUUCAACGAGGGUAACUCUGUGUACUUCAACGCCCCCGUAACCAACUACCUCAAGUCAAUUAAAUUCCCGCCAGCCGGAAAGUCGCCCUAUAGCGCCCGAUACAUUGGCUCUAUGGUUGCCGAUGUUCACAGAACUUUGCUCUAUGGCGGUAUCUUCGGCUAUCCAGACGACAAGAAAAGCAAGAAUGGCAAGCUGCGUCUGUUGUAUGAGGCUUUCCCGAUGGCGUUUUUGACAGAGCAGGCUGGAGGUAUUGCUACGACAGGCACGAAACGGAUAUUAGACAUCGUUCCCACUGGAAUUCACGAGCGAUGCCCCGUGUUUCUGGGAAGUAAGGAGGAUGUUCAGGACUUGAUGAAGUGUUAUAGUGAGGCGUCGUAA